AUGGAACGAUUGGAAAUUCUGUACAUCAAGAACCAUUCAGAUACUGUCACAGUCAUGUCCUAUCAAAUGAUGCUUCUGUUCCUGGGAGUCAGUCGGGCAGAGGCUAUGGGCUCUUCCCUGCUGCUGAUUACAGACAUGGAGUCGCAGUGCAUUCUGGCUAUCCCCGCCUCUCUGCAGCGCGGACGCGACCCUGAGCCCGCUGCCAGUCGAGCCCUGCUGUCCCGAACGGCCCCGCGCCCCUGGACCUGGGACCUCGAACCCGGGACGCGCGCGCACGAGAGCCACGCGGAACGCCCGCAUUUCCGCAGCGCGGCGACCGUCCUUGAGCGCGGAGGGGCGAGCUCGCCGCCGGAGCGCCAGAGCAAGAGGAGGCGCCGGAGCGGCGGCGGCGCGCGAGCACCCGAGGGGGUCCGAGCCCCGGCAGCCGGUCAGCCCCGCGCCACAAAGGGAGCGCCCCCGCCGCCCGGCACGCCGCCUCCCUCCCCAAUGUCCUCGGCCAUCGAGCGGAAGAGCCUGGACCCCUCCGAGGAACCAGUGGAUGAGGUUCUGCAGAUCCCCCCAUCCCUGUUGACAUGUGGUGGCUGCCAGCAGAACAUCGGGGACCGCUACUUUCUGAAGGCCAUCGAUCAGUACUGGCACGAGGACUGUCUCAGCUGCGACCUGUGUGGGUGCCGGCUGGGCGAGGUGGGGCGGCGCCUCUACUACAAGCUGGGCAGGAAGCUCUGCCGGAGGGACUACCUCAGGCUUUUUGGCCAAGACGGUCUGUGUGCAUCCUGUGACAAGCGGAUCCGUGCCUACGAGAUGACCAUGCGGGUGAAGGACAAGGUGUACCACCUGGAGUGCUUCAAAUGCGCCGCCUGUCAGAAGCACUUCUGCGUGGGCGACAGAUAUCUCCUCAUCAACUCCGACAUAGUGUGUGAACAGGACAUCUACGAGUGGACUAAGAUCAACGGGAUGAUAUAGGCCAGAGUCCCUUCGACGGUGUUCAUGGAAGGGGCCGGCUCCAUGGUGUCUUCACUCUUGGGCACUUUGGGGAUUUAAGGGUGGGGUGAGGCAUUGGAAUCUUACUGGGAACCAAGGAAUAGCCUCAAGGGAUGUAGUGCAUGGGCCAAGACUUCCAUGUGACCAAAGGACCAGGCCUCUUAGAACUGGUUACUGCCUCUCCAUAGUAACUGACAUGAUUAGGGGAAGGAAGGGACACUUAAGGACAAGCAGGCACCAUGCCACAGUGGUAGGACCUCCCUUCCACUGUCGGGAGUCACUGUGUAGACAGCUUGUUUUGAUUUUGAUCACUUGCAAACUGGAGCUGAGCAGUUGAUUUCCUCCUGGUUUUUGUAACAACCCAGUUCCAGUCACUGUCCUGAUGCAAGGCGGGGACAGGCAGGAGAGUGGCCAUCCUUUUGCUCUUGGGCAUCUUCCCCAGGCCUUAGGCUUGGGGCUCAAGGGGAACCGCAUGAGGACCCAUUUCAGUAGGGAAUGAAAACUGCAACUCUUAACUCUUAACAAUUAUUUAAAGCAAUGCUGAGGAAUUUGUUUUUAGACACUGUGGUUUUGAGGGAAGGAGUCUCAGAUUGUUUCUAUACAAAUGUAAAUCUAAGAGAUAAAGUUGUUCGACUAUUUUAUUAUCUUAGAUUAUAUCGAAGUAUUUGUUGUGUGUAGUAAAAAAAAAAAAAAAAACCCUCUGCAGACUUA